AUGAGAUAUCUUCUUAGUCGUGACCUUUCAGAUUUUGAACCACAAGAAAUUCCCGCAACUAAAAUGAAAGUAGAUAUAAUGCGUGAUCAGCUUCCUAGUCCCAUUCGAUUUAUAAUCAACUAUAUUACAUCUAGGGCUGAGGAUGGAACAUCUACGCAAAGUUGUACAUCAUUAUAUCAAAAGUAUUUUGAAUGGUGUGGAGAGAAUGGUGAAAAAAUAUUGACUAGUAAAGUUGCUGGAAAAAAGUUUUCUGAAAUUGGUAUUGAAAGCAAACAAGUGCGGAUAGGUGGUGGGAAAAGAGAAUGGCAGUAUACUCUUGACUGUUCCAAAAUCAUAGCUAAGCUCCGUGAAUCUGGUCUAGGUGAUAUCGAAGAGUUCUCUGACACACUUCAAGAUGACAUAUCCACAAACAAGGGAUUCCAGAAUGAGACCACAGAUAUACCCAUAUUCAAUGUGCCAGAAACUAUUCUACAGAAAAUAAUCCCGCCUCAGCCAGAGUGCCAUAACAGAGUAGCCGAUAGAAAGAAUAAGCCUUCACCUAAUACCAGUAAAGAUAAGAAGACCAGUAAUCAGGAUGAUUCGACUCAGGCACUUUUCGACUAUAUGACAGAAGAUACACGUACUCUGAUCGUCUCAACAUCUGGUACAUCCAAGACUUCUAAAAGACCUGAACCAGUAAUUGGUAAACUAGAGACUAUUGAGCUUCCUGAAUCUAACAAGCCCAUAAGUAAAAACACGAAUAUGCCUCCUAAAAAGAUCCUAGCUGAUUCAUACAACCCUAAUGAACUAUCAUCAGCCAUACUUCUGGCCAAAGCUCAGCGAGAUGAGCAUCUCAGAAAAAAGGCAGUCGAACUUAAUAGAAUGGAAACCGACUCUCGAAUGUGUGGUUAUGCAGAAGAGGUGGAAGAAGAUCCCAAAGAAUAUAUAGACAUGACAGUACAGGAAAGAUUGAUAGAAGAAGAAAUAAUCUGCCGUUCUCUCGAGGAAGAUGGGAUCACAUCCUCCUGGCUUGAUACUAAAAAGGAAUGGAAAAAAACGGUAAGCACACUCCAGGAGAAUGUAUAUACCAAACAACCUAGGUAUAACCAAAUAUCUUACAUAUUACCAAAUAAUAAUAUGGCUGGCAUCGCUACUAGAUAUGUAACAGAAAACGAGCUCAAUAUCGAGAUGAGUAUUGAAGAGCUUAGUAACCACGCUCUGGCAUUAGAUAUCCUUUUAAUGGAUAAAGUUAAGAGGGAUCAGGCACGACGACGUCUCCAAAAGGGAUAUAACUUUAGCAAAAAACAGGUAUUUGCAUUAAUUCCUAAGCAAACAGCUGGUCAGAAAAAAGGAGGAGCCUUACCCAAUGCUCCCAAUGCUUCCAAAACUCCCGAUAACACCCAAGAAGCAGAACCAGACGCAGUGAAUAUAUGUCAAAUUUUACCGAAAGAGACUAUUAGAAAUUUGGCCUAG